UUCCGGGUAUAUAAGUCAAGAUAACAAAAUGGGACGGUUUCUGUUUUAGUUUUCUGUUUUUAAGUACAUGUUUGCAUUUAUUGUUAAAACGUUGUGUAUUAGUUUCGUAUAUCAAUUAAGUUGACCAAUAUGGCAGCGGAACUUCUUACUACGAAGCAAAUUAAAUCGCUGAAAGAGCAUAAAUACAAGGCAGAGGGCCAGUCUUUUUCUGAGCCAUUGAUGCAGAUGUAUUGGAAAUGGUUGGUAGAACAAAUACCGCUUACAUGGGCCCCAAAUACAUUGACACUCGUGGGACUAUUGAUGAACGUCAUAUCUACGUUGUUUCUGAUAAUCUAUUCUCCAGAUGGAAAUAGUGAGGCACCAAGAUGGGUGUAUUUCUUCUGUGCAAUCGGGCUGUUCGUUUACCAAAGCCUGGACGCUAUUGACGGGAAGCAAGCACGCCGUACCCAAACCAACACACCCCUAGGGGAGCUGUUUGAUCAUGGAUGUGAUUCUUUGUCAACAGUGUUUGUGAUGCUGGGAUGUUGUCUAGCCCUGAAGUUGGGCCAGAACCCAAUGGUGCUUAUGUUUGAGGUUUGCCUGUCUGAGGUCUGCUUUUACAUGGCCCACUGGCAGACAUACGUAUCUGGGACACUUAAGUUUGGCAAGAUUGAUGUGACAGAGGGACAGUUUACUGUGAUAGCUAUUUAUUUAUUUUGUGCAAUAUCUCCAGCGUUUUUUGAUAACAAUUUACCAAUAAUUGGCAUCCCACUGCGAUUCGUCUGCGUGAUUUGCAGUAGUAUUCCAUCGUUUUUCUUCAUUUACAAGACGUCGACCAUGAUACUACAAGGGGGAGCUGGGAAAAACAAGUCAACUGUUGCAGGUUCCAGUACAAUAUUUCCGAUAGUUCCAAUUGGGCUGGUGAUAGGUUUACAAGUGAUAAUUGCUACAAAGACAUCAAUAUACACAGACCAGCCAAGCCUUUACCUGCUUAGUUUUGGAUUUGUGGUUUCCAAAGUUACCAACAGUUUAGUGGUAGCGCACAUGUGCAAAAGUGAAAUGCACUUACUGGAUUGGAGUCUAAUGGGACCUAUGAUGUUAUUCAUGAACCAGUACUUCAACAGCAAGAUUCCAGAAAAUUUUCUUCUCUGGAUUGUCUUUAUUUUAAGUGCUCAAGGAUGGCUGACGUACAGUUAUAGGAUAUGUGGAGAAAUCUGUGCCCACUUGAACAUUUACUGCUUUAAUAUAACAGAAACACCAAGUGGUAACAAGGGAGCUACAAAUGGACAGAAAGAAAAAAAGUUUUAAAAUAUUAGUUGUAUGUAACCUCACCAUAAUAUUAUAUAUUGGUACAUUAUCAUUUUAAAUUAUUGUUUUUCAUUUUAUGUCACAGUCAAAAUAUGUAUUCAGGUAUACAGAGUAAAUGUAGUUUCGUAAAUCUGUGACGUAUUAUAUUUUUUUGCCAUAACUAAUGCUAAAGUGACCUGUCUAGGGCUUGUCUUCAGGUAUUUUGACAAAGAGGAAAAUAAGGAUUUUAUAUUUUUUGCUUUACAGUGUUCUUUACAAUAUCCAGUUUUUUAACACUAUGUAUCUUUAAUAGUACAAUUUCAAAUGAAAGCUUAGUGUAAAUGUUGGAUGAAUUAAAAAAAAUAAUAGCAUUUUGGUAUACUAUGCAACUAAGGCUUCGAGUCAGAAACUAAGAUCUUCCAUAUAAAAUACAAGCUUUUUUGAUAUCUUCACACUGCCAAGUUAUAUUUUCUUUCAUUCAAAGCUCAAAUUAAUGUAGUUGUCCAGCAAUAGUUACCUUUUUAGACACUAAAAUACUUGAAUAAGUAAACUACCUAGUUGUUCAUGGCUUAAAUAUGCUAUUUGAAAUGGCAAAAGGUUAGGCUCAAUGAAAAAUGAAAUGUUUUGGGAAGUUAAAUAGUUGUUUUUGAAUUAUGACUUUAAAGGGUAAAAUAAUAGCAUUUAGUUAAGGGGUGAAGUAAUAGCAUUUAGUUAAGGGGUAAAAUAAUAGCAUUUAGUUAAGGAGUGAAAUAAUAGCAUUUAGUUAAGGGGUGAAAUAAUUGCAUUUAGUUAAGGGGUGAAAUAAUAGCAUUUAGUUAAGGGGUGAAAUAAUAGCAUUUAGUUAAGGGGUGAAAUAAUAGCAUUUAAUUAAGGGGUAAAAUAAUAGCAUUUAGUUAAGGGGUAAAAUAAUAGCAUUUAGUUAAGGGGUAAAAUAAUAGCAUUUAGUUAAGGGGUGAAAUAAUAGCAUUUAGUUAAGGGGUGAAAUAAUUGCAUUUAGUUAAGGGGUGAAAUAAUAGCAUUUAGUUAAGGGGUGAAAUAAUAGCAUUUAGUUAAGGGGUGAAAUAAUAGCAUUUAGUUAAGGGGUAAAAUAAUAGCAUUUAGUUAAGGGGUGAAAUAAUAGCAUUUAGUUAAGGGGUGAAAUAAUAGCAUUUAGUUAAGGGGUAAAAUAAUAGCAUUUAGUUAAGGGGUGAAAUAAUAGCAUUUAGCUAAGGGGUAAAAUAAUAGCAUUUAGUUAAGGGGUGAAAUAAUAGCAUUUAGUUAAGGGGUGAAAUAAUAGCAUUUAGUUAAGGGGUGAAAUAAUAGCAUUUAGUUAAGGGGUAAAAUAAUAGCAUUUAGUUAAGGGGUGAAAUAAUAGCAUUUAGUUAAGGGGUGAAAUAAUAGCAUUUAGUUAAGGGGUAAAAUAAUAGCAUUUAGUUAAGGGGUGAAAUAAUAGCAUUUAGCUAAGGGGUAAAAUAAUAGCAUUUAGUUAAGGGGAGAACUAAUAGCAUUUAGUUAAGGGGUAAAAUAAUAGCAUUUAGUUAAGGUGUGAAAUAAUAGCAUUUAGUUAAGGGGUGAAAUAAUAGCAUUUAGCUAAGGGGUAAAAUAAUAGCAUUUAGUUAAGGGGUAAAAUAAUAGCAUUUAGUUAAGGGGUAAAAUAAUAGCAUUUAGUUAAGGUGCAAAGUGCUCUUCUUUUGCUUUGAUAGCAGCUUGCACUAGUAUGAGUGUUUCCUUUGUUUUCAUUGAUACAUUUAUUACUUCUAUAUUGGCAUGUAAACAAGUAGGUGGAGCUUAGCCGUUCAAUAACUAGGGUGGGGAUAUUUAAAUACUCUAGUCACUUAUACUGCAUGCUAGUUUAUGAACCUUGUCCUUGACAACAUUGUACAAGACAUUUACGUCACUCACUAUCCUCAGGACUGAAAUUACUCUUGUGCUUAAGUGCUCAUGUAUACAUUCAAUAACUCUGACUUGGUUGCAGUUACUAUUUUUAAUGUAGUUGAUUGUACAGCUUCAUGUAGCCAUUUAAGUGUGUGUUUUCAGGUGAUAUGAAAAGGUCUUGAUAUGCUUUCUUUACAACUCAUCUCAAUCUUGAGAGAGGUUGUCUCUGUUGGAAGAGAAGUGGUCUAGAGAACUCCAAUAUAUUUUCUAUUGGUCAUUUUCAUGUCAAAUAGUUUCUUAUACUACUUAUUUGUUUUUUUAUUUUUAGUUAUAGAGAACUUGUACCAUUCCAUGCUGACUGAUGACAUUCAGGAUAUUGUAUAAGAAACAGAAAUUCACAUUUUGGCGUAUUAAGUUAUUGAAUAUGUAACAUUCGAUUACCAUCAUUGCUAGCUGUUACCCGAUGUAUUGUCACCUGUAAAUGCCAUUCCUUUUCUGUGUUUUCCACCAUCUACAUUUCAUAUUUCAUCCUUAGUUAAUGAACAAAGUCAUUUAACCUAUUUUUGUCUUUGUGGAAUGUUGAUUUGAGCUAUUUUAAUUAUAAAUUUUUAUUAUUCUUUUAUUAUGCUUUUUUGUUUCACCUCUUGAUUUCAGCAUUAACCAACAAUAGUUGAUUUAAUAUUGAAGCAUACAGGCAUUCUUGCAGUCCCUAUUUUUCCUACUUUCCCCUAGUUUUUGGUUAGGCUGAUCCUUUUUCCUACUUCCCUUCUUUUUGCCCUUAAAAUCCCCUCUUUUGAAAAAAAAGUGUUUACUUCUGUCGCUACAUUUUGUUACUGAAAGCCUAAAUAUAGUUAAAAUAUCAUCUGACUUUUGACUCUGAAUAAUGUAUGCUACUAUGUACAAAGCUAUAUAUUGUAUGCUUAAAUGUAUUAUCUUGUAGUUUUAUCCUGGAAUUCGAUAUUCAUGGUCAAUGCAUGUAUGCCUCAUACAAAUUUGAAUACCAUUAGACUCUUUAAUUUUACCAAGCAACUUUAUGAUUUGGAAAAAAUGAAAUGACAAUUUGAGUUUUGGGACUUUUUUUAAUAAUGCAGUGAAAACUACAGAGACAAGCCCAGUUGCCUUCAACAUGAAUAUAGACCCCGUUGAGAGGCCCAGGUGACCAACCGAGAGGCACAUGUGCAAAUACCUCAAUUAUUCUCACUUUUUAAUUCAACAUUUAUGUGAUUUAACAUUAUUUAAUUAUUUUAGAUAGAUAUUAAAAUGAUAUUUGUACGUAAGGCCAUGCCAAAUCGAUUAUUAUUAUUUGGUUCCAACUCAGAAAAAGCAUAGAGUAAUAACACGUACAAAAUUGUCUUGACCUUAUCCACAGUAAGAAGUUACAUUGAUAAAAGUACAGAAACCUAACAAUAUAACACUUACAAUCCCAUAACUAGCUGGCAAAUAGACUUCUUUUACUCAACCCUUAAAAAUAACCGUUUUGUUUCAUAGCUAUGAUAUAUAAAGUCCAGAAAGCAAAGCAUUUUCCCAUGUAAAUUUAUGUAAUAAUUAUAAUUUUUUGCUAUUUUACUAACAGAAAAACUACCUGCCAAAAAUGUUUUACAGUAAUACAGCAUGGCCGUAACAGGCACGUGUGAGAAAUAUGGAAAAACCAAUAUACAUGAAUUCCAGGUUAAACCCCUUGUCUGUAAUUCUUCUGUGUGUACAUGUACGUGUAUGUUAAUGUGCUGCCAUUUCGCUUUCUGUCUCCUUGCUCACUUCAGCAUUGUAAUUUAUUGUGAUAGGCUUUAUUGUGAUUGUUGUUUAUGUGCAGAAUUUAUUCCCUUGUUUGGUUGGAAAUUAGUUUUUAGGUGCUUUUUGACUCUUCCAAGUCAACUGCUUCAAUAUAUUGGCUCUUUUUUUCAUUCGAAAUAUGAUUUGAAGAAUAUUAUAUUUAAAUUGUAAAUUAAUUUUAUUGUUUUGUAAGUGUCGGAACAUUUUAAACGAUGUACAUUUCCAUGUUUUAGGAUUAUUAUUUUACAACUCAUUUUUAGUGGAACAUUCAUUCAGAAUUUUUCAUGUAUGUGUUCUGUUAUUGCGGAUAAUUCGCAUAUUUUGAUAAUAUAGUUGUACCUUGUUUUAUCAUGACAUUAUUAAGUGUAUAGUUGUUUAGUGUAAUACUGUGCUAAUUUUUGUGACUGUAUUGCACUAAACUGACUUUAUAUGCGCCAUGCAAUAUCAUAGAUGUCUUAUUUUAUCCAAAGACCUCAAUUAUAUAUAAAAAAACA